AUGGGGUUCACGCUGCGGCCACUGGCCCGGCAGCGCCGGCUCCACCACGCAAUUCCUCUCGCUAUCUUCGCUUUGCUGCUGCUUUAUUUCAGUGCUCAGAGCCUUCGUGAGUGGCCCCUUCCCUCAUCUGGUCAGAGAGGAACCCUCCCUAGGCCCUCAGAACCCAUGGCCCCUCCUUCAAUUCUCACUGCUCCACCUCAUCUCUCCCCAGGAGCGCUCUCAGGCUGCGGAUCCGGGGCACAAUCCUGCACGCCCGAGGGACUGCUGCCCUUCCAGGUCCAGCAAAAGUCGGGACCCCUGGAGGUCCUGGAGAGGGAAGAGCCUCCGUGUCUGGGCCCCCAGGGGAUGCUAGGCCGAAUGAUGAGGGCGUUCCGCGCCAGUCUGAACCCCGAAGGGGAUGUGGAGUUGUCGCAGUACCUGGCCGGAUGGAGGGAGCUGGUCAGGUUCCUAACUCCCCUCGGCUCCGUCUUUGCUUUCGCCACAAGCGAGGCUUCCACCAAGGUCACAGCCCUGGAGACCAGGGUGCGCGGCCUAGAUGCUGCACACUACAAGUCGCUGGCGGCCAUGACGGCGUGGGAGCGGCAGACAGGGCUGCUGGAGAGGCCCGGGACUGCCCCCCGGGACUCGGCCCGCUCCUCCGGCUCACGAACGAUGCUCUUGCUGCACCGCGCGCUGCGCUGGUCCCAGCUCUGUCUGCACCGGGUGGCGACCGGGAAGCUUGGAGGCCCUGACGCCGGUGUGCAGUGCAGCGACGCCUACGGAACGGCCCUGGCCCCGCACCACCCCUGGCUCAUCCGUCAGGCCGCCCGCCUCGCAUUCCUCGCCUUCCCUGGUCGUGACCGCUUGCUCGAGCUGGCGUGUCCCAGAACCAGGGAGACCGAGGCGCGAGCCGCGCUGCUCCGGACCGCCAGCACCCUGGAGGAGGUCUAUAACCGCACCCAGGGCCUGCUGGCCGAGCGCGGCCUGCUCCACCUGGCCUGA